AUGGCACGUACUAAGCAAACAGCCCGUAAGUCCACCGGCGGUAAGGCUCCUCGGAAGCAGCUGGCGACGAAGGCUGCUCGUAAAUCUGCUCCGGCGACCGGCGGAGUGAAGAAGCCCCACAGGUUCCGGCCAGGGACCGUCGCUCUGAGGGAAAUCAGGAAGUACCAGAAGAGCACCGAGCUUCUGAUCCGAAAGCUUCCCUUUCAGCGUUUGGUUCGUGAAAUCGCACAGGACUUCAAGACGGAUCUGAGGUUCCAGAGCAGUGCCGUCUCGGCGCUUCAGGAAGCUGCUGAGGCUUACUUGGUUGGACUCUUUGAAGACACCAACCUCUGCGCCAUUCAUGCCAAGAGGGUCACCAUCAUGCCCAAGGAUAUUCAACUCGCCAGAAGAAUCAGAGGCGAAAGGGCUUAG